CUUCGGUACUGAUAUGGGAGGAAAAACGUCAUGUCGUUGAACUCUUGACAAGUCUCUUGUCCUAUUAGAUGUUCAUGUGCUUGUUAAUAUUUAACUUACUGAAUUUUACACCAAGCUGUAGAUCUCUAAGGACACAUAAGCAUAUAAAGAGAGGAUUUCCCUGUGCGCUUGUCCCUGAUAGAGAGAGAGCAUGGCUGUGCUGAGAGCGUCCAAACAAGCCCUGAGGAAAGAGCUGAAGCGUCGSCUUGCUGCGCUUAGCGCCGAGGAGAAGCAGCGACAGUCCCUGGUGCUUUCACGCAAGCUGUUGAAACAUCCCAAGUAUGUCUCCUCACAGCGAAUUGCAGUGUUUCUCAGUAUGGAUGAUGAAGUGAGCACUGAGGAAAUAAUCAGAGACAUGUUCAAACGGGGCAAAAGCUGCUUCAUACCCAGAUAUCUGAGCAAAAGCUCACAUAUGGACAUGCUGGAGAUCAACAGUCUGCAGGACUUGGAGAAGUUGCCUCUGACAUCYUGGAAUAUCCGGCAGCCGUCGGAUGAUUGCAAAAGCAGAGAGGARGCAUUGUCCUCAGGCGGGCUGGAUCUCAUGCUGAUGCCAGGCCUGGGCUUUGACCUCAGCGGAGGACGUCUUGGACGAGGGAAGGGCUUCUACGACACCUAUUUGAGACGCUGCAGCGAACACCCUAAAGGGAAGCCUUACACCAUYGCCCUGGCUUUCAAAGAGCAGCUCUGUGAAAAGGUUCCUGUGGACUCCACUGAYGUCUUCAUAGACGAAGUCCUAUAUGAGGAGCAGUAACCAGUCACUUAUGUGUACAUCUCACAUGAUCCAGGAUAAUUCACGAAUCACUUUCCACGUCAAAGGAAUGGCGGCAUGUAGUCUUGUCUUUAUGACCUUCUGUACAAUGACGGUUUGGUUUUACAGUCAUCAUUUGGUGGUCAUCCAUAGAUGACCUAGCUGUGAUGCUUGUAAUGCCAUAAUACAGUCUGACCUACUAAUGAAAAAUAAAACACAAAAUAUCAAACAAC